GCGACUCCACAAGUCAAAAAGACAAGACAAUCACCCACUCGGGCAAUAAUGAAAAAAAAGUUUAUAUAGAAAUAGUCUAAUGAGACCGUGUGAGGUUUUAAAUUAUAGGCCGUGAGCGACCGAGACGCGUAUUGUAAAGUUUGUGGCAUGUCAGUGCGCUGUGAGUAAUAAGUGAGGGUAACAAUCCAGACUGUGCUGUUUUGUGAUUAUUUUUUUAUGGUACAUGCUCUUACUCAACUGGACGCUGGAGUGGAGCCUUAUGACAUUACGCACAGACCGGGAGCGGGGCUGCAAAUGGGCGGCAUAGGUGGCAACCUCUACCUCAGCAUGUUGAAUGGGACUGAAACGCAAACUUUCGGAAAGAACACCGACAUCAGCAGUCACCUCCACCGCGGCGGCAAGGAUCUAGCCGAGUUUAAAAUGGGGAUUCAGGACGCGAGGUUUUACUACCCCGACUCUGUUCAAAGCGGGCAGGACCCUCUGGCUCUGUCGUACCACUCGGACCAGGCGAUGGGAGGGUACGGAGCGCAGCCCGGCAGGUUUUACGCACAGACCCUCAGCAGUUGCCCGUACGGCGGCGUGCGGUCGCCUCCAAGAAGUGGAGCCGGGCAGGGUUACAUCCCCACGGCGGGAGACGGGUUUCCUACAGGCGGUAAAGACUUGUACUCUCCUACUCCGGAGAAUUACCCGGCGAGCUUUCAGCACGGCUACCAGCGGCCGCCUCUCUACCCUUUACCUGGGCUACAGGUGUGCGGGAAGACUCAGGCUCUGCUCAAUAACUACCCGCUAUGGGCCAAGUUCCACAAGUUCCAAACCGAGAUGAUAAUCACCAAACAGGGGAGGAGGAUGUUCCCCUUCCUGAGCUUCAACAUCAGUGUUCUGGAUCCGUCUGCCCACUAUAACGUCUAUGUGGACGUGGUCCUGGCUGAUCAGCACCACUGGAGGUACCAGGGCGGCAAGUGGGUCCAGUGUGGGAAAGCAGAGGGUAACAUGCCAGGCAACAGGAUGUACAUGCAUCCCGACUCCCCCAACACAGGAGCUCACUGGAUGAGACAGGAAGUGUCUUUCAGCAAACUCAAGCUCACCAACAACAAGGGCAGCACCAAUAACGUGGCACAGAUGAUUGUGCUCCAGUCGCUCCAUAAGUACCAGCCUCGUCUUCACAUCGUGGAGGUUAAAGAGGACGGCACCGAGGAUCCCUUCCUUUUAUCCAAAGCUCAGAUCUUCAUCUUCCCGGAGACUCAGUUCAUCGCUGUCACUGCUUAUCAGAACGCUGAUAUCACUCAGCUGAAAAUAGACCAUAACCCCUUCGCUAAAGGUUUCCGCGACAAUUACGACGCGCUGUACGCUCCUCCCGACUCUGAUCGCCUCACCCCCUCCCCCACAGAGAGCCAGCAGCUGCUGCCAGGGAGCUGCUACCCACAAGGCUACCUCUCAGAGCAGUACAUGAGCCCCCUGCCCCAGAGCCGCUUCUACGGCCGCGAGCCUAUCGGUAUGGGCCAGCAGCACAAGGACCCGUCCUCCAGCCCUGGUCCUCACAGCCGCUGGUACCUGCCCCCUCAGCAGGGUGUGGCCCCCAACCGACUUGACUUCACUUCCUCCUAUGAGGGUGACUUCUCUGGAAAUGGCUUCUACAAGCCCUUCCCGUUGCAGACAUCCGCUCACCAUGCCCUCAGCUACUACCCAGACCAUCCGUUUGCAUCUACUAGCGUGUCUGUAUCAGGAGCCACCUCAGCGGGCUGGACCGCCAGCCGACCCACCCCUCAGUACCUCAGCCACCCGAGUAAGCCUGGCCCCAGUCUGGGCUGGUUUAGACCCAUGUCGUCCUCUUCGUCCUCCUCAUCUUCUUCCACGUCACCUGGCAACCCCAGGCUGCACCCUCCCUCGCUCUUAGAGCCUCUGCAGCCUCCCCUGCUGCAGGACAAGCCCAAAGACACUGUGGAGGUGGUGGGAGACGACCCCUGGCUCGAACCUCCCUCUGUGAAAUCAGCAGCCUCAGCUGACUCAGGCCUAUAUGAGGGCGGCGUGGGGGACAACAAGAAGAGGAGGGUGUCGCCCUACACAUCUAGCACGGAAAACUCCCCACCUCCGCGCAGUGGCGAGGUCUGCGAGAAGGACAGCAACAGUGAUGCAGACUACUAUGGCUAUUACACCCACUGAAGACCUCAUACAUUGCCACAGCAUCUCCCAGCGUCUUCCCACACCGCCCUCAUGGACACAGUCCAGCCAGGUCACGAUAAAGCGCUCAAACAGUCGUUUUUGCUGCAGCCUCAUCUACUGUCACGUCAGUCCACACAGUCCAUAAAGUCUCCUCUCAAAGUGUUAACUGAUUACAGGAGGAACUUUCAAGGUUACUGUCAAAGUUAGUGUUGAACAGAAGUGGAUGUGACUGGGACAGUGCCCUAGAGUCACAUAAACACCAAACAGACAAAGAGACCUGUGACUUAAGCCUUUGAAACAUCUGGAGAUUUGGGGGGUAAAAAAAAUUAUCUGCAUAUCUGCUUGCUGACAGACGCCUGCAGGGAUUGUCUGUUCUUACUGCAUCAAACACUCUCUCUGUCUCUUUGGCUCUGUCUUGUCUCUGUCUGUCUCUUCCUUCUCACCCUCAGCCAUUCACACUUACUCUCACAAUAUGCUCACGUUCAUUUCCCCUGAUGAUUCUGAGCAGAAAUUACAUUUCACACACCGUAUUCUCACCAAUCGGCCCAAUACAUUUAGUGCAGCUCCCACCGGUGGCGGCAGAGGAGCGUUGCAGGCUGUGGAGGCCAGAGUGAAGUAAUGUCAGGAGGUUAAGACGGUUUAGCAAGCACAUGUUCUGGAGUAAUCUAACUAAACCCAGCUAGGACAACCUUUUCUGUUUGUGUGUUUAAGUAAAUCAGCAACCACAGUGGAAAUAGAAAGUCCUUACAGCUGGAGACAACAUAUCUCACUGGCGUUAAGGGAGAUUGAUGGAAUUAACACAGAAAAGCUUUCAGUCAAAUUACUAAGAAUUUUGAUAUGAGAUUACAAUUUACACUUAAACCACGUCAUCAAAUCUUUAUAUGUUUGUAAUGUAGUGUGAUUAGAUCUGCACUACAUGACUAAAAUACAGACUUAACAUGCAGGUUAAUUUGAUAGAAAUUUUAAUGUUUUUGGUCUCUGAUGAUCCACACAUAUUUAUAAAUGAGUCAAACCUCACUAACACUUGUGGGAAAAACAGAAUUGUAUGACUUGAUUAGAGACGCAAUGAUUAGACAAAAUGUUGUUAGUAAAUGUUAGUAAAAUGAAUAUGCAACAUUUGAUGAUCAGCAGAUUAAUCCAUAAUCAAAAUUCUCAACAUUUCCAGCCUAAUCUCAUGGCCCUCUUUAGUGGAUGGAGUUUAGUUGUCAUGGCGAUGAAGUGGUUGUUAUCAGGUCACCUAAAAGUGUGGAACUUGGUCGUAUAUGGGGUGAGAUGCUGUCUUUGUUCAAAGGUGGUUUCUGGUAUCAAAAUGUGAAUGUCCUUGAUCUUUCUCUGACUGCACACUGACUCCUGGUUGAUGACCUUUGACCUCUCCAAUGCAGAAUUAGUGUUGGAAAGAACUAGUUUGUACACACUGAAAGCUGAUUGUCGUAAAGAGGGAAAAGUAAGGUUUAAAUAUAGGAAUAAGGGCACAGGUUUUUAAACAGUUUUUCCUGGAAGACAUUCAUAGUGUUCAUAUGAAAAGUGACAACAACAAAAAAAAGUUGUGACAAGAUUUUAAAAAAAGAAGAGCGCUAGAAAGAGAAGUUCAAAGCCUGGCUCCUUUCUCACCUCCUCACAGCUGGGUAAUCACAGCGUGAGGUGGGUGUGAAUGUCAGGUUGUCGGUUUUCGGAAAGUUGCAGAAUCUGUCAGACGCAACACCCCCCCCCCUUCAUCCACCACUGGAAAUGUGUGGGGGGUUUCCAAAGUUGUUCGACCAUCCGACAUGCAGUUCUGGUAGCCAGAGGUGAGACCAAGUCAUAGUAAGCCUUUGCACUCUGGUCCGAAGUCCUAAAGUUUGAGUUUUAAGUCCUAAACAAGCCAUAAUUUGUUCUGUAACACUCUGUAAUUUUUUUAUUUUUGUCAAGUUUAAAGUCAUCAAAUUUGUGUUUCAAGUCCAAGUCAUGUGACUCGUACAUGAUUAAUAAAUGUGGGGUUAUUCAGUAUCUCACUUUUCUAAUUUUGGGUCUGAAUCAGAUCUGUAAACUGCUAGUUAUGGUCCUAAAAUAUGAUAUAUCAAUGGAAAGGGGCAGGAGCCAGCAGUGCUACCAACUAGUCAGCGUAGUGUACUCUCUAGAAGUGGAUGCAGAGCAAAUGGCAUCACCAAUGUGUGUUAAAAACAUUCAUUUGUCACACCAGUUUGUCACUGGAAAAUGCUGUUUUAGAUAAAGCUUAUCCUCUCCUACGCCGUUGGCUUUCAGGGAAUUUAAAGACGUGAAUAAGUGAUAUAAAUCAUUUGUACACUUUAGCACCAGACGUAAACAAGGUCAGCUGGAAACCACCUGCUUUGAUAGAGUGAAAAAGGCCUCAUUAUAACGAAGGCCCGACAAUCAGUCGAUGUGAAAACGCUCCUGUCACCACACACAAAUAAAGCCUGCGAUCAAUACCAGCAUCGAUAAUGAUGUAACUGGAAAACAAUAUUGGCAGAGGGAAGAGUGACAGCUUAAAACAUGUUGACCACAUUACAGUAUUCAGAUUAGACUACAUUCAAUAAAAGUAAAUUUCCCACUGUGGCUUUAGCUCUGCAACAUCUUAAUCUUGUUUGAUUCAAUUACAGAAAAGACGUGUGAGACUCCCUAAUUCUGCAUCCUUCUUUUGCUGUGGGCGCUGCAGGUUUUCCCAAACACUUCCCGUACACUAGCAGCAGAGCAACUGCGCCGCAGACGUGUACAAAGUGGGUCAUUCAGAACGGCUACACACGCACCUGCAGGUAAAAACAGACGAGGCACUGUCACGAUAAACAGGAAGCACAAAGUGACCAGACAGACACAGAAUUUCCCCCCUAGUCUUCGGGCCUAUCAUGUUGUGACAGUGGUUGACAGAGGCCCGGCUCCCGGCCUAGUGACAGAAAUGAAGAGUGAGGCCGCAGUCGGCGCUGAUCAGAGGUCUGCUCCUCAUUCCUCACCAGGUGUGCUAAUGGCCUCAGACAACCCUGGGGGCGACAGACAAGCUCAGUGCAGUGCAGGGUCACUUAAGUCUUUUCUGAGGGAGAGAUGAAAUUACUUAAAUUUUUUUAUUUUAUUUUAUAAAUUUGCACUCUCAAAGAGGCCAAAAUGAGCUGAUGAAAACAGCACCAGCUCUCUAUACUGUAUAUACUAAUGUAUAUUUACUAUGCUAUGAGUUUUAAGCUAUUAAAGUGCGAAUAACAAGACGUCAUUGAUAUUGUUAGCGUAGCUUAGCAUAAAGACUUGAGGCAGGGGGAAACGGCUAGCCUAGCUCGUGAACAAAUACUCCUGCACAUAAAACUUCAUAAAAGCUAAAAAUGUUUUUACACUUCAGUUUUUGUACAGAUUCAAGAAACAGGAUAUAAUGUGUUAAUUUAUGAGCUUUGAGGUGCUGGUAGGCAGGUUUUGUCACCUCUGGACAGAGCAAGGGCUACGGCCCUGUUUGCCUUAUUAAGGUUUCACAUGUCGACACAAAAUUUAAGCUCUUUUCUGAGCUAAUUGGAUUUUAUAAAAGCGCUGUAUAAAGACUGGGACUUUAACACUGGAGCUACUGGAACUUAAAGACAAUCACAAACAUGAUGCAUAUAGAUCUCUCUUUUUCAGCACUUGACAAAAUGGUCUUAAUGAUGUUGAUGCAAAAGGGACAAACUGUCUAACAGCUCAGUCCUUUACCUGAACAUUUAAAUAACAAAGUGUUAAUGAAGUGUUAAUUUUAUGCAGAAUGGAUAUAUCGUAUGAUUAACUGAUGAAAAAAUAUGUAUGUUGCUCGUGUAACAUUUCCAAAAGAUGUAUUAUUUAAUGUUCAUUUUGUCAUCUAUCUGAGGAAAAAAGGGUUAUGAUUCUUAAUGUACCUUAAUGAAGGUGUACAAUGGACAAUUCUGGUUUCAAGUGCAAUUACUAGAUGGUAAAUUAGUUUAGAAUUAAUGAUGGCAUUGCAAAAACAAUGAGGGCGAAGUUUUAUGUGGCCUGUGGACGAUGUCAGUUAUUUAUUUUAUGUGCUGUGGUUUGUUAUGUGGUCCGCUCAGUGAUCCUGCGCCUGCAUUGGGCAAAGAUCUCACAUUAAACAGCAACAGAAAAAUGCUUUCAGACACCUCAGGAACGACCCCUGCUGGAUAUCUCAGCCAUUGCAAUCAGCCAAUCCCUGAUGUUAAACCUCUAAUACCUCCAUUUCCCAUGAGUCUGUGUUUCCCUUGAACGCACAUUUACCCUUGCUAAGAGAAUAAGAGUGUUGGGAGAACUGUUAUUUCCAGAGAUUUCACUGUAUGAUAUAGAAAUAGAGGAGUGAAGAAGGGAGUAUGACCAGACAAGGUCAAGCAACAAGCAUGUUAUUUUUUGCGUGUGAUCCAUGUGCACUGUUUAUGUCGAGGGAGCGGCAACAGCUCCUUUGACUCUUUCAUUAAGAGCUUAUAAAUUGCAAUUCAUAAACAAACAAGAGAUGAAGAUGUCUGAAGGGGGAAAACUGUUAUUUAUUAAAGGUGGCAUAAUUGUGUAUUGUACUGUUGUUUUUUUAUUCAUGAAAUUAAAGCUUACAAAUGAUUAAAUCUG